AUGACUACCGAGUCUGUCCCCCAUGCACCUCUUCACGGAAAGCAAACCCUUGCACUCUACUUGGCCUGGGUGAAGGCAUGGUGCUCGGUUCCAGAAGAUCCCCUGGUCAACCAACGGACAGCUGAUAUGACGCUUGAAGAUGUCUGUAACAUUUUCGGCGAAUCGGAUACGAAAUUUCCACCUCUUGCGACGCUUGAAAGUGCGGUAAUAGUGUUUCGUGAAGAAUUCGCACGAGGUAGAGUUACGCUAGGCGGCAAGCGGCCACCCUUGAGCAAUCAGAUUAACCUCCUAUCUGAGGAUUAUAAUCCGAAAACAUCCUGCGAAUGCAAUGGGAUCGGUCUCUCUUCUGCCCCCUCCAACAUCAGCUUUGAGACCCUUUCCCAAAAUUGCCGGUGCAAUGCGAUUAAAAAUAUGUUGGAGCUAGUCCGUCUUAUAGGUCGUGAGCAAGACCAAUGGAAUGGACAUGGGAUCCUCACCCAGGAAGGUCUAGAGAAUGCUGCGGUCGAGCUGGCGUUAUCAAACACCGAAUGGCAAAAGCCUACAGAGACUUGCCCAGGUCGUGAAACAUCUAUCCCGGAUGUACGUGCCCCCGAUCGCCGACCAAGUCCACAGUGCGAUACCGCGCCAGAUGCUCAUCAUGAGAUGUACCCAACGUUUGAGCGAGUUAAGCUCUGCACUGACGCCAAGUACUAUUACUCGAUCGCUUGUGGGGGAAGUCUUUGUGACGAGGGUAUAUCGAGAGCUCUCGCAGAUAUGGGAAAUGAUAUUUUGAUUGCCGAUUACUGCGAGGCUGCGAACGAAGAGACUAUAGCUCUGCUUCAAAAAACCGGGGCCGCAGCUGUGUCUUUUCUUCGACUGUGCAAUAUGGUUGGCUAUAUAGCAGACUGGCAGUUUGAACUUGUGGCUGCUAGCGUGUUACAUUUCCGAGCUACCGGUUAUUACCGAGACCACGCAAUGUCUCGACUACCGCGAGGCCUCUUUGGAUCUAGACAGACGGGAAACACUGUUCAUCGGCAUAUAGACCUUGGUUUUAUGGUAGGCAUAGUGUGCUCCUCCCUUGGAACUGGAGAGAAGCUUGAUAGACUUGUCUACUUCAACCUCGUCGAGGCCUGUGCCUUGCUCAACGAUCUCGUCGACUUCCGGAGCGAUACUACCAGAGGACAACGCGAAAAUGUUGUGUUGAGGAGUAUUCGCAAAUCCGUGUGUCAAAGCUUGAAUGAUCAAAUGCGCAAAUGCAUUGGAAAAGUACUGCUGAACGUGCAAAAUUGCAAAACAUCAGCACUGGUCGUUAUGGCUUUCUGCAACUGGUGUAUAAUGGCUUCUCACCAUAAAGUCUUCGAGUUGCUUCAAGGAGUGACGGUCAGCGCAAAAAGUCCACCUUGCAAAUACCAUGGUCUAGAAGCAUAUGACCAACUUCUUAAAGCUCUUGUUCCAUUUGGGACAUUAAGCGAACAUGGCCCUCGUCUUGACAUGACACGUGCAGAACUUGACAAACUGUAUUGUUUGUAUCGGGAGGACUCCGAAACUCAUAUUGCUUGGCUAGCCGACUGCACACGGCUUUUAUUGAAUCCUACUUAUUUUCGGCCGAUUGUUGAUCCUGUACAUUACGAGUGGGAAGGACCGGUUGGAGACUUGCUCUACUGCCCAUGA